GAAGGAAAUCCGCCUUGCGCGGGUAUUCAAGAGCGAACGUACGUCCCUCUCCCCCAAAACUGGAUUUAGGAUAUGGCAGGUUAGAGUCUCGUGGCCAGAUAGGCUGAAUAAGUAGGAAAAAAACACUGAAGAAUUAAAGUGGGGCGCGUGACACGGAGUGUGCCCCAUUACGGGUGGCAGUCUGAGCACUGAAUCAACAAACACCAAGGCCUGGAGAAACAUGUAUAGGGUACAGCCUCAACUUUGGAACCUUCAGUGAACUGACUUGUGUGGGGUUUGAGCAGCUGACAAGAAGAUUGUGGGGGCUAGGUGCACAGCCCAGAUAUUCUCUCAAACCGUGGCUACAGAAGAGGAGGAAAAAACACAUAUGGUGACGUCAGGCGCAUCGGAAGUCCCUGCGGCCGCGGUGUUGUGCUGUGGGGAAGAGAGAGACAGCUUUCGGAUCCCGGAGAGUGAUUUUCGCCUUUCCCAGGCCGGUAUCGUGCCGAGACCCCCAAGAAGGAGCCGUCGCCAUGUCUGACCAGGAAGCCAAGCCCUCUGCUGAGGAUUUGGGGGAAAAGAAAGAAGGAGAAUACAUUAAACUCAAAGUCAUUGGACAGGACAGCAGUGAAAUUCACUUCAAGGUGAAAAUGACAACACAUCUCAAGAAACUCAAAGAAUCAUACUGUCAGAGACAGGGUGUUCCGAUGAACUCACUCAGGUUUCUCUUUGAAGGUCAGAGAAUUGCUGAUAAUCAUACUCCAAAAGAGCUGGGCAUGGAGGAAGAAGAUGUGAUUGAAGUUUAUCAGGAACAGACAGGGGGUCAUUCAGCAGUCUAGAUCUUUUUUUUUUCCUUUUUCCCUUAAUCCUUUUUUAUUUUUAAACAAUAGUUCUUUUGUAAUGUGGUGUUUGACACUGAAUUGAAACUGACACCCUAUCUCUGGGAGUCUUACUUUCAAAGUCUGGUAUUUUGAAUUCUAGUGCUCAUUAUACACUAUCAUUUGUUUUCAUUGUGCUGAACUCUUGUGAUCAAGCCGCAGCCCCCUUCCUACUUCCCUACCAUCUUUUUUGAAAUAUGUGUAUGUACAUACAUGCCACAUUCACUAGGACUGUGCAUUGCAGGCUUGAAGGUGAUAAGAUCUGCCAGAGCGAGUGUUCUAAAUGACUUUCAUAGUGACCCUGAAGUUCUGGUGUGUCAUUGCUUCACUCCUGGACUAUAACUUUCAGUGGGCGAUGGAAGUUUUUCAGAGGACUGAACUGUGGAAAAAUGAUGUUUCCUUAAUUUGAAGCUACUUUUAAACAAAUCUGAUGGCCUGGACCAGAAGAGGAAUAUCAGGUUGGAAAUGGAGAUGAUAGAACAGGUUACAGUCAUGACUAACUCCAGAGGUGCUUCACUGAAGAGACAAACCAUUUUCCGAUUUUAAAUCUUGUCAGAAGAACCCAGAAAAGUUACUAAUUUUCCAUUAGCAAUUAAUAAAGGUAUUGAUGCAGAAAUGUAUGUAGCAGACCACUGCUAUCUUUUGACUUUAUUGUACUUUUUGGCCUGGGACAUGGGUUUUAAAUGGACAUUAUCUGUACCAGCUUCAUUAAAAUAAACAAAAUAUUUGUAAAAACUGUAUUAACGUUCGUUUCUUUGCAGAUUUGUAGAAAAACAAAAAACAAAUAUCCCAAACAAAUUAUUCUUAAAAAAAAAAAUCCUUACCUUCUGUCUUAGAAUCAGUACUGUGUAUUGUUUCCAAGGCAAAAGGCUGGGCAGUGGGGGUUAAGUGACUUGCCCAGGGUCGGUCACACAGCUAGUGUAGACACAGAAGUUUCUGAGGUCAGAUUUGAACCCAGGACCUCUUAUUCCUAGGCCUGGCUCUCAAAAUUCACUGAGUCACCUAGCUGCUCCCACUAAACAAGUUAUUCUUAACAGUAUAAUGUUAGUUUAUCCUAAGUCCAAAUGAUCAUUUUCCUCAGUACUGUUGUAAUUGUUAUCAUAUUAACUCUAAAGCAUCAGACUGUGAAAUUCCUUCUGAAUCUGCAUAAAAUUACUAAAUCGUGUCCAAUGUAGCUUUUGUGUUAAGUAUGUUAUUGUAUUCUGAUUUUUAAAAAAUUGGUAAUCUGUCUCUAUAGUAAUUUCUCAGCUAACCAGAAAUAGGACCUUUUCUAGUUCUAGAUAAAUGGGAGUUUACUGUAAAUAAUGAAUGAUGCUUCAAAGUCUUAUGUAAAUCCUUACCUCUAUAGUGAUAAUUUUAAUACUCUUUUUAACACAGAUUGUUCCCUUCUUGGCUAAGGUCUGCUAUACUUAUAGAUUGUAUACCUUUCUUGAAUUUUUUCCCCUCUAGUCAUUUAAAAGAUUGAUUCUUUGUAUAAAAUUAAAAAAAAAGAACCUUGUUUCAGAUUAGAGUGCUGUUUUCCUGUGAUCCAUUUAACACCAAAACAAAACUGUUUAUGACAUCUCAUUUCAUGUUGGGCUUGAUUCUAAGUCAUUCACCUUCCAGAUUUGGCAUGUAAAAAUCAGCUGAAUACACUUGAAAAGAACAAAUGGAUUUUUAUGUUUUGGGCAAUGUCUGAGCUUUAAAACAUUUCUGGUAUUAAAUAUGCAUUUCAUAAACUUAUCUCACAUAUCCUAAUAAACUCAGUUAAUUGGAAAAUAAA